AUGUAUUCAUUGGCGAAGACAUUGCUAACUGUGAGUCUUAUAGUGAUUGACAGACAACGAGAUCACGAUUUACUCGCGAGUCGGACCACAUUUGACGUCCAAUACGACUAUGUGGUGGUGGGGGCGGGCAGUGCCGGGUCGGUGGUGGCCGCCAGACUCACGGAGAACCCGCACAUAACGGUGCUGUUGAUAGAGGCGGGUGGGGCCGCCACAGUCGUCUCGGACAUGCCGGCUAUGACUAAGUCGUUGUGGGGCUCACACAUGGACUGGAAGUUCCCGAUUAGCCGUCAACCCAACGCGUACCGGGGCUAUCAGGGUAACUACGGUACCUUAAGCCAGGGUAUGGUAAUAGGCGGCUCUUCCACCAUCAAUGCUAUGGCUUACGCCAGAGGGUUGCCCCAGGAUUUUGAUGAUUGGGAAAUGGAGUUCGGACUUAAAGGCUGGAAUUGGAGCCAAGUUUUGCCGUAUUUUAAGCGCUCGGAACAGAAUAGAGACCACACUUUGAGUGACAGAUACCACGGCUUUGAUGGUCACCUGUCCGUCGAGACCAUAGCUAAUCCCCGACUAAUACAUAGGACAGCCAUUAAAGCCGCACAACAGUUGGGAUAUAAUGAGAUAGACCUCAACGAUCCAGAGAGUAGUACCGGUGCUGCUGUCCAACAGAUGACUAUUAGAUUUAAUAUCUUUUAG